AUGCAGAUGGGAAUGAUGGAGCCUAUACUUGUACGAGUGCCCAAGUGUGCCAGUACACUGGGCAUUGCUGUUGAAGGGGGUGCCAACACCAGACAGCCUCUGCCACGCAUUGCAACAAUACAGAAGGGGGGCUCUGUGCAUCUGUGUGGACAGUUACGGGUGGGACAGGUAAUUCUGGAGGUGAACGGUGUCUCGCUUAAAGGCAUGGAGCACCGGGACGCCACUCGGCUCAUUGCAGAGGCAUUUAAGACCAAAGACAAGGACCAUGUGGACUUUUUGAUCAUGGAGUUCAACUCUGCUCUGUAGAUGUUGUCGCUGGAGAGUUCUGACUGCAGAGACCUUGCACUUUACGUCACGUCCGCACAGAGGAGCCCAUGAGUCACGCUUGUCAUUUCUAAUGAGUCACAAUUAGCUUCGAGUUGAAACGCUGCAAAACGCCCACCUGAAGCCUGUGUUCACGCUAUAACAGCAGCAAACAGACAGCACUCGCUCACUGCAAACACCUGCUGUGCUCCAGAGGAGGAUCUGCAGAGCCAUGGCUGAGGGCCAGAUGAUUGAUAGGACGAGAUCAGGGUCAUGUCAAGUUUGGCAAAUCUGUGUCACUUUGUUUACAGUCUGUUCAAUGAAAGAUAUAUACAGUUGAAGUA